AUGUCGCCACAUGGCGCACAACCCCUCCGCGUCGUCAACCGCGGGGAUUUCGUCGACGCAGAAAACGUAUCAGGUGGGCCUCCUCCAGGCUACACCCUCCAGCAAGACAUGGACACAUCUGGUUCCAACGACAAGAGCAUAACCAUGGCUUUUCAUCCAGCGGAUGGAGCUCGCCCAAUUCCGUCUAUUGGAGACGAAUCCUCUCUCCUCCCAUCUCCUUAUUCGACCGAAGAUCUGUUCUUAGGCAUUGGGCAACGUCCAGACAGUGCUACACUUCCCCCGACUUUCCAGCCCUGGUCUCCUGGUCAAAUCUACCUGAAUAACCAGACGAGUCAAGCUUAUCGCGACCCCAACAUCGAGACACCACAGCGAAUGCGUACCGUCCGCACUACCUUCCACCCCAGCACAUCCUCGGUUACCAUCCCAUCUUCUGUGAAUCACGGACACGCGCAGGUUUCGCCAUCAUCGCCAUCAAGCUCGAUGGGUCCUUACAGACGUGGCACCUAUCGCGGACAUCCCUCUGAACCGCUCCCAGCUGCAAUUGGCCAUUUGACAUACCAUCCCAGCGAUACAACAGACGCGGAAGACACAAGAAACGUCGUGGAGGAUCCAGCUCUCCCUGCGCAUUUCCUGGGAAGCUCGAUUACCUUCCUCGAUGACGGCCUCCAUUUUCGGCAAGCCCGAGACGCGCCUCCAAUGCCCGCUGAACGCCACGGCAACUCCGCCACAGUGACGAGGAAUCCAUCGGCCGCCACGUCCAUCAGGUCAGCGGCCCAAGGCAGAGCUACCAACUAUGUCUCUCUUUCGCGAAAAUGCACCCAGAGGCGCGCACGAUUCAGCCUCCUUUCGAACAGACAGAAGACACGCACAGCCUCGAUCACGGGCUCCUUCGCCAUUGAUCCUCAGCUCCGAAUACCAGCGAGCCUUCUUCGAACUGUCGACCCGCGGGCGUCGGCGCCGGGGGAGGAGAGACGCGCUACCUGCAACUUGUUGGGUGAACAGUUGGCCCGAACCCGCAGUAAGAGCAAGUUCAGUGGGCAGAGGCGCAGGAGAAAGAAUCUCGUGUUGGAGGUAGAAAACGGGGGCAUUGAUGUUGACAUUGAGCUCAUACCGACCCCGAGCAGCGCCCUGAUAUCUACUAGCCGGUUGGAUAUCGUCGAUGCGAGCGUCGCUCCCAACCCAGCGACCCGAACGUCGGUUGAUAAACCCGCUGGUUGUUCAACCAGCGACUUACGAGCUCGCUCCAGCCUCCAUCGGGGGCAAAGCACGCGCUCAGAGCUUAUCGUCAAGAAACCAAUCCCAACUGUAAUCGAUCUCCGAUUGAAAGAGAGGAAUGGAACGUCCUCGAAACGCCAGAAACGUAUUCCCUCCCUGGUCGCCCGUUUCGAUGCGCCACAUCCAAGGCCGCCGCUUCAUAUAUUUGCCUCAACCAUUGUCGAUCCUUUGGCAGUCGUCAACAACGCCUGCUCUGUCUUGGAGGCACCAGCUUGGUCGAGAUCCCCCGUAAAGCUACACCUCCCAAGAACAUUCCACGGACCGCUUGCUAUUCACGUCGCUGCUGCGGACGUUAAUACGCACAUUUUUCUCUCCCAGGAGCUUUCAGAAGCUGCUGUUGUCUUGAGCGAGACUGCCUUCUACCGGGCCUACUUCGUGGGUGGCCUCGCAAGUUUCCGGGACACGGAGGAUAUUUCUGACGGGUGGGAGCUCGUUGAAGAAAUUGAGGAAGACGAGGAGGGAAGGCGCGAAGAGCCUGCUACCGAUCUGGUGGAACCUUUGGCUCAAGGCGACUCUGGAGCUAACGACAUUGAUCGCACAGGCCACCACGAGGCGAUGGAUCCAGCAAAUGCGACGACUCUGGCCCUUAAAGUCUCUGAAGCACGUAAACACGCUGAUCACGAAAGCUGCGAGCAGGAGUGGUUUGGUGACAAGAUAGAGAUUCUAGUUGGAGACGGGAAGGUCUACCUCCAGUAUUUGGAUGAAGUCGAUCCGUUUGGGAGGGGAAGAGGGUUCUGGAGGCACGUCGGGUUCAGACGAUGA